CUGAAAUAGUUAAGGGGACAAAACCGUGAACUUUUAUAUAGUUUGGUGGGAAAGAAAGCAAUUAAAUAUAGUUUCCAUUUAUAUUGCAAAAAAAAAAGUAAAAGAAACAGAAUCUCCCCGUUUCUCGAGCACUCUAAAAGUUCUCUCACACAGAGUUAGCUUUACGCCUUCAACGAGAACCACACAAGAACACAACUACCCAAACGCUCAUUUUCUUUUUCCCCGGAGAUUUUAGCUCCGUCGUCGUAACGGACCCACAAUUCCCGGCGACGGAUUCUAAAAUCAUCUUCAGCUAAUUAUAAACUAUGCUUCCUGUCUCAAAUCCUUCUAGUCCUGAACAUCUCCUCAAAAAAUCCAGAACCCCUGACACCUCCACCGCCAUUGAUCGGAAAAGCUCCUUCAACUCGCUAAACUCGGCCGUUAACCGCUCGUCCUACAUCACCGCCUCUCGUAGCCACUGCACAUGGCUGAUCAUUUCUCUCCUCUCUCUCCAACUCAUCCUCUUCCUCACUCUCCGAUCCAUCCCUUUCCCUCACCGUCACAUCCCUGAAAACUUCCCUUCUCCCGUCGCCGUCGCCACCACCGUCACCGUCAUCUCCGCCGCCUCCUCCAAUCCCCCUCUCUCCUCCUCCUCUGACGAACGAUGCGAUUCGGGUCGAGUCUUCGUGUACGACAUGCCAAAGAUCUUCAACGAAGUGAUUCUACAACAGUGUGAUAAUCUCAAUCCAUGGAGCUCUCGCUGCGACGCCCUUUCGAACGACGGAUUUGGUAAAGAAGCGACGUCGUUGAGCAACGUGAUCCCUAAAGAUUUGGUUCAAUCAUGGUUUUGGACUGAUCAAUUCGUAACCGAAAUCAUUUUCCAUAACCGGAUAUUAAACCACCGGUGUCGGACUUUGGAUCCGCAAUCAGCUACGGCUUUUUAUAUCCCGUUCUACGCUGGACUCGCGGUUGGUCAAUAUUUAUGGUCCAAUUACGCAGCGGCUGAUCGUGACCGUCAUUGUAAAAUGAUGACACAGUGGGUCAAAGAUCAACCUUAUUGGAAUAGAUCCAACGGUUGGGAUCAUUUCAUUACCAUGGGACGCAUCACAUGGGAUUUUCGCAGGUCUAAAGACGAAGAUUGGGGAUCUAACUGUAUUUAUAUCCCCGGGAUGCGUAACAUCACGCGCCUCCUUAUUGAGCGUAACUCUUGGGACCAUUUUGACGUCGGUGUACCGUACCCUACCGGAUUCCACCCUAGAACGGACUCCGACGUCGUGAAUUGGCAAGAUUUCGUACGGAAUCGCCGUCGUGAGACUUUGUUCUGUUUCGCCGGAGCUCCACGCGCUGGAAUUGUGAAUGAUUUUAGAGGAUUGCUUCUCCGUCAUUGUGAGGAGUCACGUGGGAAGUGUCGGACGGUGGAUUGUACCGUCGGGAAAUGCUCGAAUGGUUCGUCGGCGAUUUUAGAGACGUUUCUCGGGUCUGAUUUUUGUCUCCAGCCUCGAGGAGAUAGCUUCACUCGCCGGUCGAUUUUUGAUUGUAUGUUGGCCGGUUCGAUUCCGGUUUUCUUUUGGAGACGAAGCGCUUACAUGCAGUAUCAGUGGUUUUUACCGGAUAAACCAGAUAGUUACUCGGUUUUUAUAGACCGGAAUGGGAUUAAAAACGGCACGACGUCUAUAAAGGAAGUGUUGGGACGGUAUAGCAAAGAAGAUGUAAGGAAGAUGAGAGAAAGAGUGAUUGAUUUGAUACCGAAUUUUGUUUACGCAAAGUCUCCGAAUGGGUUAGAGACUUUCAAAGACGCCUUUGAUGUGGCGAUAGAUGGAGUUUUUAGGAGAUUCAAGGAGCAAGAGAAUUGGUACAAAUGGAGAUGAGGAAAAGGAAGAUGAUGGAUUCGAUAAACUAUUUAUUUAUUAAUAAGGAUUUUGAAAGUUUUUAGCUCCAGUAACGUUAUAAUUACACUGUAAAUUUCAGAUUUUUGUUUGAAAGAUGAAUAAGUUUUGUUAGUUGAAUUUUUGUUAGUAGCCAAGGAAGUUGUUCUAUGUGUUCUCAUUUAUAUAUUCUCUUUUGGAGACAAUGUAUAGUUUUCUUUUUGAUCUUA